GCGGACGAUCAGGCCGCCCGCGCGGCCUUAUCGCCGCGUAUCAAAGUCCGCGCGUGCGGCAGUAGUAGGGAUCGAGGAUAGUGUCCGACGCGGGCGAUGCGAGAUCGCCGCGGCCACUCGGACGAUCGUCGUCGCCGUCGUCGAUACCAGGAAGUCGUUCGCCUCGUAGACCGUGCCGGCCUCAGAUGGUAGCGAUCACCACGUGUCGCGCCGCCGCGACGGCUCUCAGGGCCGUCAUACUGGGUGCGCCGGCGUCUGGCAAGGGCACCGUCUCCUCCAGGAUUGUCCAGCAGUUCAACGUCACGCACAUCUCCAGCGGUGACAGGCUGCGCUUCCACGUGUCCACCGGCACUGUUCUAGGCAAAGAGGUGAAGAAGUAUAUGGACAGUGGUAGCUUCGUGCCGGACGAUACAAUGAUAUCUCUGAUCGGCGACGAGAUCGUUUCGGUUGCGGAUCAGAAUUGGCUGCUGGACGGAUUCCCGAGAACGUUGACGCAGGCGGAACGAUUGCAGAGGCUGCAUCCCAUCAAUCUCGUGUUGAAUCUCGUGGUGCCGACCGCCGUCAUUCUAGACCGCGUCAAGAGUCGAUGGGUCCAUCUACCCAGCGGUAGGGUCUACAACAUCGGCUUCAACGAUCCACGAGUGCCGGGCAAGGACGACAUAACGGGCGAGUCGUUGUGCCAGAGGGAGGAUGACAAGCCGGAAGUCGUACAGAAGAGGCUGCAGGAUUAUGCGACGAAGACUGAGUCGGUUGUGCAGUUUUAUCGGGAGAUUGGAGUACUAAGGGAAUUCCAGGGCAACACCACUAAUGAAAUGUGGCCGGCGAUCAGGGAUUGCGUGGCACAAUACUGCUGAGCUUUAGAGAUCAAAUUUUUAGAUAGAUCUAUUUAAAUAUAUGUCGAACGGUCGCGCAGGUCACUCGUAUCCUUAAAUAGGUCUGUCUAGAUCUAUUUAGAUUUCUCUAAAAUCUUGGGAUUUAGAUGUCUCUUCUUCCUUAGAGAUUUCUCUAAAAGAAAACAAUUUUUUGAUAUUAAAUUUACAUUCAACUCUUAUGUCCCGCCUAAAAACUAAAUUAGACUAAAUUAGAUAAAAUCCUAUGCGCCUAAUUUUUGUAUCAACAGAUUAAAACGGAUAAGUCUGUUUAGACCUAUUUGAGACCUACGAUUCGCUCGCAUCACGCGGUUCCGAAUGACAGACAAGAAUACGCGCGCUCUCGUCCGACAGCGACUGUUUUUCUAUCUCGCGAUGAUAGAGAGAACGCAGCAUAUUAUAACGUAAUUCGCACACGACGCUCUCUCUCACGCACCAACGCACACAAGCGUGCAUGCCAUUAGGUUGUAAAUACGCGAUAUUGCGCCGACAAUAAUGGGCUCGCAGACGUUCCCGAUGCAGAACGCGCCUAGGCAAUACAACGAAGUUUCACGGCAACUCAAAGACAUUGAACUACGCGCGAAUUAUCUCUUUUCUUUCGCGACUAGCGCUUGCACGACGAGCCGUUGUUUGGCCAAAGUUCGAAGUAUAGUACAAAGUAGGGAUUAUUGUUCGACGAUAAUGAUCGGCGACAUACGUUCCGGGAUGACGUAAUCGUCAUACAUUUCUCAUUUUAUUUCGAGCGUAUAGCGUUAUACAGUUGUAAGAGAGAUAUAUAACAACGUUCAAUAUUGUGUACAUAUUCAACAGUAUAAGUACAUUAUACGCAUAUACAUAUGCAUAUAUACAUACGCACACAUACAUAUACAGUAUCAGGCAUCUAAAAGAGUGUGUGUCUAAAUGAUUUUUUAAUAAUAAAUCACUUUUUAAA